AUGAAGAAUCUCCUCUUCACCGUGCUCUUGGCUUGCGGGCUGCUGCCGGCUCACAGCAGCGUUUUGGAGCUGGAGCAGAUGAUCAAGUCAACCACGGGGAAAAGCGCCCUGCUCUACUACAGCUGGUACGGGUGUUUCUGCGGCAUCGGGGGCAGAGGGACCCCAGUGGACUCCACCGACCAGUGCUGCCGUGCCCACGACUGCUGCUACAGGACGCUGAGAGAGGGCAAGUGCAGACCCCUGGUAACCUCCUACCACUUCAACAUCACCAACAGAGACAUCGUCUGUGAUAACAAGCAGAGCUGGUGCAAGAAAGAGACCUGCCUAUGUGACAAGGCGGUGGCUUCGUGCUUCGCCAGCGCUUUGCCUUCCUACAAUGAAUCCUACCGCUUCUAUUUCAAGCUGAAAUGCCGAGGAAAUAAGCUGCAGUGCUGA